AUGAAGCGGAGAAGAUCGAACGAAGACGCAGACGUUGAUUCCGCACCAGAAGCCUCACAUACUGCAGACGGAUACAUGAGCGCUCCAACUCCGAUUCCAAUACCUAAGAUAGCCGCAUCCCUUUCCAUAUCUAAGAAACUACCCUCCACUUCAGGGAACAAACAGUCCCCCAAUACGCAAUAUCGCUUUCGGGUUCAUCAAUCAAAGACUCGCAAAAGCGGAUUCCAAUGCGGGGAACCUUCUCAAGAAUAUCUUUCGCUUGCAAAGAUACCUUCCAGUUCCCUAGAUCCUCCUCGCAAACUGGUUGUGCUUGACCUUAAUGGGACGUUGGUCCAUCGCCGAAGGUUUGGAUUGAGAACGGCCAUGCGACCUUACCUCCGCACGUUGAUAGAGUUAGUACCCAUGGUUUGGAGCAGUGCUCAGCCUCGCAACGUGAAAAAAAUGGUCGACGAGGCUUUCGGACCGCAGAGUCAACAUUUGAAGGCCGUGUGGGCUCGAGAUACUCUUGGACUCUCAACUGAAGAUUAUGGGAAGAAUGUUGAAACGGUGAAAAACCUCGAACUCGUUUGGGGUAGACUAUCAGAUGAUUCAGAGAAGGCUGGGGGGAAACCAUUUACAUACAACGCCCUUAACACAAUUCUAGUGGACAACUCUCCCAUCAAGGCUCACAUGCAACCCCACAAUCAUAUAUGCGUACCCGAAUAUGCACACGAACUCGAUGAAAUUGACAGUCAACGAUUCUUAGCCGGGCCAGAGGAUGAUAGCAGAUUACUGUCUGAAGAAGAUGCUCGGAUUGGUAUCUCGAGCAGGUAUGACCUCUCUUUGGUCGCCGUCAUAGGUGUGUUAGACGAGCUCGCCGGGCAGGAUAGUGUCUGUUCUUGGAUAAGAUCGGAUGGGCUGAGGAACGUCCCGGAGGUCCUGAUCGAGGAUGGCAAGGAAGUCAAGGAAUUCGGACGCACCGAUGAUGGUCCUUACAAUGAAGGAGGCGACGUGCGUUUACGUUCUGUCUAUGCUUGGAUUCGUUUCUGGCUGACAUCGUUCCCCAAGCACUCAAAGGCACCUGCCCCAGAAUUGGAAAUGGGAAAGCAAGAGGAAUGCCCGGCACGGACCAUUUGAUACAUUCUUCGGAAGUACCACCCACCACUCCCCUUCUCCCCGCGCCCGCGCCCUUCCCUUCGCCACCAUACUUUAAAACUCCAUCCACCUUCUGGUUUGAAGACUCCACAACGUUCAAAUACUGGGUCAGUCGAGGUGUCCAAGCCGCCAACCAUCUCGGAAUUCCGCUGCAACAUGGCGUCGCGGCCCUGCCUGAAGGCAAGAUGCAUGGGCCUCGCGGGAGGCAACGCGGGUAGAAUGUAGAUCCUUGAAUGCUUUAUCUCUUUCGAUUUUCGUUAUCCUGGGCUUUCACACCGUUCUAUAUACUCGCUUGUGAUUGAAUGAUUUGCCAUGUUCUAGACCCAUGCGCUUCCCUACAAUUUGUACUUGUUCCGUUCACACAGUGCUGUUUCUGGUCACACCGGGUUUUUAUAAUUGCACGACCGCACCAUUAUUCACUGCCCAGAUUCG